AUGCUAUCCGUGGAGUAUCUUGGCUUCCUCUGGCUGAAGGUCGUGACGGUCAUCGACGACGAGGUCUUCGGCAGCCUGCUCGAGACCUUGGCUCUGCACGACGUGAUGUUCCUGUUCGACGACGACGGGAACCAGGGAAGGGUGGGAGAUCUUAUGGUGCCCGCCCGGCUGCCAGGAAGCGUCUCGGAGGCCUCCCUCGCUAUGCUGAAGCAAGCAGUGUCCCAGAGCACCCGGAUGCAGCUCGUGAUCACUGCCGACGCCGAGCACGUCCCGCCGGCGACUAUCCCGCUGUUCCUGGGCGGUUUCUGCUGCAGGGAAAACAUUGUGUUUUGCGCCUGCCGAACCAGGGGGCUGGCAUUCAUGAUGAGCGGCCAGGAAUGCCUGGACGUGUCUAAGGUUGGGUUCCGUGCGAAGGGCAGCAUGGAGCAACUCUUGGAGCAGUACUACCCGGGACUGCAGUUGGAUGCUUCGGCUGAUCCCACCGAAGGGGAAGGGAAGGAAGCGUGGCAGGACAGCCUGAAGGGCCUCCGAGGAACUGAAAGCCUGGGCCUCGACGAGGCCCUGGCCAACAGGCUCAGCAGACCGCGCGCUGGCAUGCAGCUGGACGAACUGGCGCCGACAAGUGGCGCGGGUAUCGGAGGGUUGAACCAGACGGAGAGGAAUGUUCUGACCAGCAUCGCGCAAAACGUGGCCUUCAUGAGGUGGCCGAUCCCCCGCCUAGUUUGGUUGCUCCUCGCCCCAGACAGCGGGGAACCAGCCCUGACGGCGGAACAAAGAUGCAAUCAGGCCAAGGGCAGGAGGCUGGUCACGCGGAAGCUUCGCCUGUUCUUCCGUUACUCGCACCACUACAGCCUCGCCGUUUGCGGGCCGGGGGGGGCAAGGGUAACAGAGCUGCUGAACUGGGCAAAGAAAGCAAAGUCAGCAGCCAAGGUCGGGCUGGCCGUAGCCUCGAUCGCCCUGAAGGUUUGCAUCGGCCUGGCAAUCCCUAGAAUGGAUUUGAACGCAGCCUUCGGAGCGUCAACGGGCGAUGUCGUGACCGGGGUAGUCGAGGAAGCAGCAACCUCGAGCAUCGAUUCCAUGACAAGUGCCGCGGGAGGCAGGAUCGAGAGCGGUGGGCAGACGGAAAGGCUCGAGCACGCUGGCGUGAACGCCGGCGCGAUGGAAAAGGUGCAGCUUCGGGCCGAGGCUCGCCGCUUUCUUGCAUCCGAGGCUGCUUGA